AUGGUUGUUCUCAAUGCCUCUUUCUGGAUUUUCACUGCGAUUGGAGUAAUUGUCACUUUUUUGACUGUUUGUCUGAGUAUCUAUAUUCUCUUCAAGUACACAAUAGAUCUCAAAGUUUGGAACAAGAUAGAAUAUCAAUUCAUUUUUAUACGAGUUUUUUGUGACAUUUUCAAUGGAAUCGCCGGAUGUGGAUACUUCGUCUCAAGCGGGUUCACUCUUCUCUAUUCUGACAUUGUCCCUUUUGACGUCACUUUUCUGGUUGGCUUGGUCGGGUCCAAUUUCUUAGAGAUGCGUAGUUUUCUGGCUGCAAUCAUAGCCAUCGAAAGAGUCUGUGCAACUUUAGUUCCACUGAAAUAUUAUCAUUACCGAAGACGUAUCUCAAACACUCCAAUCAUUAUAUUCAUUGUUUCUACCGGGCUUGCUGUAUAUGUGGUUCUCUUUGGGUUCUGUGAUUUCCGGCUACCUCUUGUUCCUGGUUGUGUUAACUAUGCAUGUGCUACACCUCCAUGUUUCUUGGCAUACUCUUCCGUAACUAAGGUUAUAUACUGCUCUAUAAAUGCUCUGUUCUCGUCAAUACUGUGCUGUAAACUGUUUCUUUUAUCAUGGAGACAGGCAUCUGUCCCAGUUGAUCUUCGAAAAGCGAAUUGGAUUUCUUUGACGGAUGGUUUAUCGACACUUGUAUUUGAAUUGCUGCCAACUCUGAUAUUUGACAGUAGAAUUAUUGAUAUCCGAGCAUACGGACCAGUGAUUGGAGUGUUACGUCAAUCAGGAAGAGCAGUGGAAGCAUUAGCAAUAGUAAAUUUGAUGGAGAGAAAGAAUGAGAAUAAAACGUGGAAGAAACUAGAAUAUCAACUAAUUCUACUGCGAGUUACUUUCGAUGCUCUCAAUGGAAUGUCUGGAUUCACUUACAUUUCCCUCAACGUGAUCGAUGUUUUCUACAAUUUCGUUCCUUAUGACGUGUCCUUCACUUUCGGUAUGCUUGGUUUCAACCUUAUGGAAAUUCGAAGUUUCUUGGCGGCGAUUAUUGCAAUAGAAAGAGUUCUUGCAACGACGAUUCCUCUCAAAUUCUAUCAUUACCGGAGUCGUGUUUCGAAUAUUAUUAUAGUGGGAUUUGUGGUUUCCCUUGGGCUUUCGAGUAACGGCGUUCUCUUCGGAAUCUGCGAAUAUCGCUUUGCGCAAGUCCCUGGAUGCACUAACUUCAAUUGUGCUACUCCAGUUUGUUUUCAAAGAUAUACUUCGAUGACAAGAAUGAUAUAUAGUACAAGUAAUAUUGUAUUCUCUCUGGUUCUUUGUUACAAACUAUUCUGGUUGUCGUGGAAACAAGCGAAAGUGUCUGCGGACAUUCGGAAAGCUAAUUUGCUCUCUCUCACAGAUGGUGUCUCGAGUCUCUGUUUUGAAAUGUUGCCAUGGUUGAUAUCAUACUAUGGAGUUGUUGAUAUAAAGUCUCUUGGACCAGUAAUUGGAGCAUUUCGAACGACAGGAAGGGUCGUUGAAGCAGUUGUAAUGUUGUAUUUGAUGAAGAAAGAGAUAAUUGUUCAACCGGCGAGAGCAUCCACAACAAGACUUAAUUGGUGA